AUGGAGUCAAUUCUUACCCAAACGACAUCCCCGGCAUGUCUGGUAGGCGCUGUCGCCGUUCUCGCCUUUGCUGCAACCAACCCCAAAUCGCUGCCAUUCACAUACACGAUACAGCUCCUCCCAUCGAUUUACAGACUUCUGAAGCCCCGACUCAGCAAGAGGUCCAGCCGGCCUGAAACUGGCCUCUCUAUUCCAGACACACAAUCCCCCGUCACUGCAAAACGACGCCUAUUCACACACCACACCACACACUCCCGCGCCACAAUUUCCGACCUCGGAAUCGCCCUCCGCAAAUCAAACAGCACCUUCUUCAUAGACGCCGAUAUAAGCCGUGCAGAGCUCUUAACAACGCUAUUUAGCGAGGCUUUGGCGGGCUUAGGACCUGCGAAUUUCCUCUUAGAGUCCGUGCAGUGUAAAUUCCUCGCGGAUAUCCGUCCGUACGCUGCGUAUGUGGUGUCUUCGCGUGUCUUGGCGUGGAAUGAGCGGUCUUUUUAUGUUGUUACUUAUUUCUUGAAGCCUGGUGCGGAUAUACCAUGGGACGUUGAGGUUUUGGGUGGGCCACAGGCGGUGGUUGAUGACGGGAGGUAUAAAGAUGGUGUUUUUUCUGUUAUGCUUUCUAAGCAUGUGUUUAUGGCGAAGAAGUUGUUGUCUCCUAGGGAGGUAUUGCAUAGGGCUGGAUUGCUGCUUUUGCAGGGAGAAGGGGAGAAACGAGAAGGUUGCGAUGGAGAUGCUAUGGCCGCGGAGGCAGUAGAGCAGGCGGUUCAAUGGGGUUUGGAGUAUGUUUCUGGUUGCAUGGGAUAG